AAAUGUCCGAUUCGAGGUCAGUCUGUCCGAAGUACUCUAGCAUUCCCAGGAACGAGGAUCUCCAGCAAUGAUGCAGAGGGCAGUGUUCAGCCGGGGCGCGCUGCUGGCGCAAAACACGGCAGCGGCCCUGGAGAGUUCGCUGGCCCCUAGGAGCGCGCCGCUACUCAUGCGCCUGGAUCGCUCGAUGUCUUCCCUGACUAUCCCGCCUCCCGCGGCCCUCCUGCGGCCGCUCGAAGUCCCAAACCGUUACCUGUUUGGACCGGGGCCUUCCAACGUCCCGCCACGUGUUCUAGCGGCCGGGGGCAGGCCGAUAAUCGGUCAUUUGCACCCAGAAAUGUAUGAGAUCAUGAACGACAUCAAGAAAGGGAUUCAAUACAUCUUCCAGACCGAAAACAACAUGACGAUAUCCAUGAGUGGCUCUGGUCAUGCUGCCAUGGAGUGUGCCGUUUUUAACACAGUGGAACCUGGAGAAAGUGUGCUUGUUGCCGUCAACGGCAUCUGGGGAGAACGAGUAGCGGAAAUAGCCGAGCGAAUGGGUGCUAAUGUACAUAGAAUGGUAAAAACACCAGGGCAACUUUUCUCCAAUACGGAAAUUGAACAGGCCAUGGCCAAACACAAGCCGGUGCUGUUCUUCCUCACACACGGAGAGUCCUCUGCCGGUCUCUGUCACCCCAUGGACGGCAUCGGAGACAUUUGUCAAAAGCACAACUGUCUCUUCCUGGUUGACACUGUUGCGUCAAUGGGGGCAGCACCCAUCUUCAUGGACAGCCAAAAAAUUGACAUACUGUACACUGGCUCUCAGAAAGCUUUAAAUUCGCCCCCGGGAACAGCUCCCAUUUCCUUCAACGAAAGAGCAUGUGACAAGAUGUUUAACAGGAAAACCAAGCCUGUAUCCUACCUCUUGGAUAUGACUCAUCUUUCCAACUACUGGGGUUGCGAUGGCCAGACAGUCCGAGCAUACCACCACACAGGCCCCGUUUCUGGGUUCUUUUCCUUAAGAGAGAGUCUGGCCAUUCUUGCUGAGAAGGGGCUGGAGGAAUCCUGGCGGCAACACAAGGAGCUGGCGGCCUACCUCUACAAGGGGCUGGAGGACUUGGGCCUCACCCUCUUCAUCCGUGAUAAGGACCUGAGGCUGCCCUCGGUGACCACCAUCGCCAUCCCCAAGGGCUACAAUUGGAGGGAGCUGCUGGUGUACAUGAUGAAGAACCACAACAUGGAGAUGACCGGGGGCCUGGGGCCCUCCAUCGGCAUGGUAAUGCGCAUUGGACUGAUGGGAUACAACUGCAAGAAGUCAAACGCUGACAUGGCACUGCACGCCUUGGCAGAUGCCCUCAAGAACUGCAAAAAGAGCAAGGUCUGAGCAGAGAGGUGGAUGCUCAUGCACUGGACACUGAAUGCAGUCGUCGUCGUCGUCGUCCCCCCCCGGGCCCCCAGAACACCUAACCCAGGCCUGGGCGAUCAAAUGAGGAGAAAGUUUAAACUAAUAUAUGAAUGAUACUGAAGCAGAUGCUCAUGUUUGAGCUUUGGAACACAUUGAUUCCUUAAUAAAAAAAAUAAACAAGCCACAUGUUUCACACUGCAAAAGGGUAAAUGUUUAUGGGUGAAAUGCAUGUGUAUGGAAUUUUCACUGCAUGCAUAUUGCUCAAAUGAUUGUAUGAUGUCAAUAAAAUGGUCACUAUUUUA